UCAGAAGAUCUACCUUUUAGAAGAGACAAGAUCAUGUAAUCAUUGAGAUGGAUUCUCAGUCUAUAAAUUUAGAUACUGACCGAGCUUUAUCGUUACUGGAAGAGUACUGCAAAAAAUUAAGGAAACCAGAGGAGCAGCAGUUGAAAAACGCUGUUAAAAAGGUGAUGGGCAUCUUUAGGAGCAGCUUAUUUCAAGCUUUGCUAGAUAUUCAAGAAUUUUAUGAGGUGACAUUACUGAAUUCUCAAAAAAGUUGUGAACAGAAGAUAGAAGAAGCCAAUCAAGUUGCACAGAAGUGGGAGAAGACAUCCCUUCUUGCUCCAUGCCAUGGUAACCUUCAAAAGUCUGCAGAGCUUACAGGUUGCAGUAGACCAAAGGAAAAUGCUUCAUGGAUUGAACAGAAUAAAGACAAUCAGUGUUUUGGAAAUGAAGCUGACAAGAAGACCAGUCAAAACCAAGGCAAAUGCCCAGCCCAGAAUUGUUCUGUGGAAGCCCCUGCUUGGAUGCCUGUCCACCACUGUACUAAGUAUCGAUAUCAAGAUGAGGAUGCCCCACAUGAUCAUUCCUUACCUCGACUAACCCAUGAAGUGAGAGGCCCUGAGCUCGUGCACGUGUCAGAGAAGAACUUGUCUCAAAUAGAGAAUGUCCACGGAUACGUCUUGCAGUCCCACAUCUCUCCCCUGAAGGCCAGUCCUGCUCCUAUAAUUGUCAACACAGAUACUUUGGACACGAUUCCCUAUGUCAAUGGGACAGAAAUUGAAUAUGAGUUUGAAGAAAUUACUUUGGAGAGGGGGAAUUCUGGCCUGGGAUUCAGUAUUGCUGGAGGGACAGAUAAUCCCCAUAUUGGAGAUGACCCUGGCAUAUUUAUUACGAAGAUUAUACCAGGAGGUGCUGCAGCAGAGGAUGGCAGACUCAGGGUCAAUGAUUGUAUCUUGCGGGUGAACGAGGUGGAUGUGUCAGAGGUGUCCCACAGCAAGGCGGUGGAAGCCCUCAAAGAGGCGGGGUCUAUCGUCCGGCUGUACGUGCGCAGAAGACGACCCAUUUUGGAGACUGUUGUGGAAAUCAAAUUAUUCAAAGGACCUAAAGGUUUAGGCUUCAGUAUUGCAGGAGGUGUGGGAAACCAGCACAUUCCUGGAGACAACAGCAUUUAUGUAACUAAAAUCAUAGACGGAGGAGCUGCACAAAAGGAUGGGAGGUUGCAAGUAGGAGACAGACUAUUAAUGGUAAACAACUACAGUCUGGAAGAAGUAACACACGAAGAGGCAGUAGCAAUAUUGAAGAACACGUCAGAUGUAGUUUAUCUAAAAGUUGGCAAACCCACCACCAUUUAUAUGACUGAUCCUUACGGCCCACCUGAUAUUACUCACUCAUAUUCUCCACCAAUGGAAAACCAUCUACUUUCUGGCAACAAUGGCACUUUAGAAUAUAAAACCUCCCUGCCGCCCAUCUCUCCAGGAAGGUACUCACCAAUUCCAAAGCACAUGCUUGUUGAAGACGAUUACACCAGGCCGCCGGAACCUGUUUACAGCACUGUGAACAAACUGUGUGAUAAGCCUGCUUCUCCCAGGCACUAUUCCCCUGUUGAGUGUGACAAAAGCUUCCUCCUCUCAGCUCCCUACCCCCACUACCACCUAGGCCUGCUCCCUGACUCUGAGAUGACCAGUCAUUCCCAACACAGCACUGCAACCCGCCAGCCUUCAGUGACUCUCCAACGGGCCAUCUCCCUGGAAGGGGAGCCCCGCAAGGUGGUCCUGCACAAAGGCUCCACUGGCCUGGGCUUCAACAUCGUGGGUGGAGAAGACGGAGAGGGCAUUUUUGUCUCCUUCAUUCUGGCCGGCGGACCAGCAGACCUGAGUGGGGAGCUCCAGCGAGGAGACCAGAUCCUAUCCGUGAAUGGCAUUGACCUCCGUGGAGCAUCGCACGAACAGGCUGCUGCUGCACUGAAGGGGGCUGGACAGACAGUGACAAUCAUAGCACAAUACCAACCUGAAGAUUACGCUCGAUUUGAGGCCAAAAUCCAUGACCUACGAGAGCAGAUGAUGAACCACAGCAUGAGCUCCGGGUCCGGGUCCCUGCGAACUAACCAGAAACGCUCCCUCUACGUCAGAGCCAUGUUUGACUAUGACAAGAGCAAGGACAGUGGGCUGCCAAGUCAAGGACUUAGCUUUAAAUACGGAGAUAUUCUCCAUGUUAUCAACGCCUCUGACGAUGAGUGGUGGCAAGCCCGGAGGGUCACCCUGGAGGGAGACAGUGAAGAGAUGGGGGUCAUCCCCAGCAAACGGAGGGUGGAAAGAAAGGAACGUGCCCGAUUGAAGACAGUGAAGUUUAAUGCAAAACCCGGAGUGAUUGAUUCAAAAGGGUCAUUCAAUGACAAGCGUAAAAAGAACUUCAUCUUUUCACGAAAAUUCCCAUUCUACAAGAACAAGGAGCAGAGUGAGCAGGAAACCAGUGAUCCUGAACAACAUGCUUCUUCUAAUGCCAGCGAUAGCGAAAGUAGCUACCGAGGGCAAGAAGACUUCAUUCUCUCUUAUGAGCCUGUCACAAGGCAGGAAAUAAACUAUACUCGGCCAGUGAUUAUCCUGGGCCCCAUGAAGGAUCGGAUCAACGACGACUUGAUAUCUGAAUUCCCUGACAAAUUUGGCUCCUGUGUGCCUCAUACCACAAGGCCAAAGCGUGACUACGAGGUGGAUGGCAGAGACUAUCACUUUGUCAUUUCCAGAGAACAAAUGGAGAAAGAUAUCCAAGAGCACAAGUUCAUAGAAGCUGGCCAGUACAACGACAACUUGUAUGGGACCAGUGUGCAGUCUGUGAGAUUUGUAGCAGAAAGGGGCAAACACUGUAUACUUGACGUAUCAGGAAAUGCUAUCAAGCGGUUACAAGUUGCCCAGCUCUAUCCCAUUGCCAUCUUCAUUAAGCCCAAGUCUCUGGAACCUCUGAUGGAGAUGAACAAGCGCCUAACAGAGGAACAGGCCAAGAAAACCUACGAUCGUGCAAUUAAACUAGAACAAGAAUUUGGAGAGUAUUUUACAGCUAUUGUCCAAGGAGACACCUUAGAAGAUAUAUAUAACCAAUGCAAGCUUGUUAUUGAAGAGCAAUCUGGGCCUUUCAUCUGGAUUCCCUCAAAGGAAAAGUUAUAAAUUAGCUACUGCACCUCUGACAAUGACAGAAGAGCAUUUAGAAGAACAAAAUAUAUAUAAUAUACUACUUGGAGGCUUUUAUGUUUUUGUUGCAUUUAUGUUUUGCAGUCAAUGUGAAUUCUGAUGAAUGUACAACACAAACUGUGUGAAGCCAUGAAGGAAACGGAGGGGCCAAAGGGUGGGACAGAAAAGACACUGCGGUGCGCAGGAAGGCUUUGGUUUGCUCAAGGGGCCAGGCGUAGGGAUGAACCUCUGACGGGCUUGGUGCCCGAGCCGGGCAGCCUCCUCACCCAGCAGAUGGCCAGAGCUGACUUAGCUGCUGAGCUCUCUGUGUUUUUUGCUUUAAAGAAAAGUUGCCAGCACUUGAACUUCACCAACCUUCCCAUUACCCACAUCUGUAAUUGGUCCACUUUGAAUUUUAUAACUAUGCACAUCCUUUGAUUUCUUAACAAGCAAAAGAAAGAAAGAAGGAAAAAAAAAGAAAGAAAGGAGUCCCUUUGGAGACGGCAUAAUAUCAGGGAAGGAUAUGCGUGUAGUUUCUUUGACUGGCACCUACAAAGACGAGCAUUUUAUAAAAUUCCUGAGUGUGUGGAGGACUGACCUUACUGGGAAGAGGGGAUUCCACCUGAGGUUAGCUUUAUGAUUGUUUAUUGUCUAUUUUGCCAUUUAUAAAGUGAAAGAAGGCACUAAAGAGAAUAAUUUAUACAAUAAAAAAUAUAUUAAAUGUAUAGAAACAAAUUUCUAUAGGUUAAAAAAGUUUUGUGAAAUAUUUUGUAAAGACUAACUAAUGGAAAGAGUAACUGUAUGCACUGUCUGCCGACCAUCAAAUUCAAGAACUGUAAGUUGCACUCUCCCUUCUGUUGCCAAUGAUCCACUAAGAGCAUCUGAGUUCCUUCAAAGUCUGACACAGGCUUCUCCCCACUUACCUCUCAUGACCUCCCUUCCCUAUUAGUGAUACACUUUCAUGGAGCACAUCCCUUAAUGAGUUGUCCUCUUGGAUAUUUUUGGAAGACAUUUGGUUAAUGCAUUUUUAAGCUGAUGGCUUUCAGAGACCAACUCAUGCAAACAAGCUAAAGGGGAAGUUUUUGGCUUUUCUCUUGUUACACAACCUGGGCCUGCCAUGCAAAUAGCUGAAUGACUUUGUUCCUAGUUACUUAUAUACAAUUCUUAAAGGAUCAUUUAGUAUUUUGGCGAACCACGAGUAAUUAGGACUUUUUUUUUCUU